AUGAAGAACCAGUACGACUACUUCGUGGGGGAGCUGCUUCCCCGGAGCUUCCACGUCAACGAGGACCGCUGCAGCAAUCCAUCACAGGGCCAGUACUGUUUUAGGGCAGGUGAUGAGCGUGUCAACGAGCAUCCAGGUUUGACAGCCAUCCACACUACGUUCCUGCGUCAGCACAACCGCAUUGCGGGCUUUCUGGGCCAGCUCAACAUCCGACUUAGCGACGAGGAGAUAUUCCAAAGGACCAAGCGGAUCGUGGAGUGCCAGUUCCAGCACAUCGUGUACUCGGAGUGGCUGCCCAUCAUCGUGGGGCCAGAUACGAUGAUUCGCUUCGGGCUCGCACCUCUCUCCAGCGGCUACACCACCUACAGUGGCAGCGUGGACGCGACCAUGCUGAACGAGUUCGCCGCCGCCGCCUUCCGCCUCGGACACACGCUCAUCGAUGGAACCUUCAAUGCGAAGUACAUGGGCAGAACUACGUUCGAACUGCAAAACAACUAUUUCUUCCCGUUCGAGUUCUACAACGGCUUCCUUGAGCCAGUCCUUCGGGGCCUUAUGCAACAACGUGCACAAGCGUUCGACAGAGACGUGACCGACGGCGUUACCAAUCACCUGUACCGACUGCGCAACGAGAGUUUCGGCCUGGACCUCGUCGCGCUGAACCUGCAGCGUGCUCGGGAGCACGGCAUCCGCUCUUACGUCGACUACUUCUACUUUUGCACGGGCGUCAACCUGACGUCGUUCGAUGCGCUCAAGCAGUACAUGGACAGCGACUCGGUCGAGAAGUACAAGGUGUUGUACAAAAACGUGCGGGACGUGGACCUUUUCACUGCCGGCAUAUCGGAGUUCUCGGUGCCGGGUGGAAUAGUGGGGCCCACGUUCUCCUGUAUUCUGGCCCAGAUGUUCCGAAGGCUCAAGUACGGCGACCGCUUUUACUACGAGCACGGAUCACAGGCCGGAUCACUUACCACAGGUCAACUUAAUGAGAUUCGACGAAUAUCCUUUGCCAAGAUCAUCUGCGAGAACACAUACGUGCUCUCGGUCACUCCAAACGUCUUUCGACCCAGUGGCUUUGGGUGA